GCAUUUUCAGAAGAUCUGCAUUCGACUGUGUUUUAUUGGACCCUGUGGUCAACCAUUCUAUUAGCGUGUUGGAUUUUAAUAGGUCUUUGAGGAGCAACAAUGAGGCUGCGGCGGGCUGGCUUUCUCCUGCAGUCUUACCUGAUGUUGGCAGCGGCCAUGUAUUUUGAUCUGGGCGAGCAGGAGGAAAGAUGCAUCAUUGAGGAGAUUCCCGAAGACAUGCUGGUGACAGGAUAUUUCUUGUUGACGCCGUGGGACUUGAAGUCAUCCACCUCCUCUCCUCACCUUGGCGUCACUGUGACAGUCAAAGACCCGAACCAUGAGCUUUUGAUGACAAAACGCUUUGGCAAAUUCGCCAAAUUCAGCUUCACGGCUCACAUGUCCGGUCAACACUUCCUCUGCUUCCAAACCAACUCCACAAAGUUCUCCGUCUUUGCUGGAGAACGUCUGAAGUUACACUUGGACGUCCAGGUCGGAGAGCACACGACGGAUCCGAAAACGGACAGAACCAAAGACAACCUGGAGAUACUGGACAACGGCCUGCAGCACCUCAUUGAUCAGAUGGUGUACAUCACCAAGCAGCAGGACUACCAGAGGGAAAGGGAGGAGAUGUUUCGUCAGAUCAGCGAGGACACCAACAGUAAUGUGCUGUGGUGGGCCGUGGUGCAGACCUCCAUCUUGCUCUCCGUUGGUUUCUGGCAGAUGAAACGACUCAAAGACUUCUUCAUUGCCAAGAAACUUGUAUGAUUAUCACCUAAUAAGGACAAAAAGACUUCUUGUUUACUUUUGUACACCUUUUGCUUUCUUCAUCACUGUGUAGGCUAUCAAUCCAAUUAAUUCUCUGUAAGUGGACAAAGAUGAAUAAAUAAGCUGUGCUUCU